CAGGAGCUGCACAUUUGGAGACUUUGAAGCCGAGAAGAAAUUCCAGGAGUUUCCUGUAACAAAAAGAGAGGCUCUAAUGUGAACCAGAGGGUGUGAGUGUUCGAUCCCGCUGUCAGCUCUCAAUAUCCUGAUGAGUCCUUAGCCGCGGCACAGCCUCAGCCUCUCAGCGGACUCGUAUUGUUUGAUUGACAGCGUGAUUACACCUGUGAGGAUGCCUGGGGUGUAUCUACUGGCUUUGCUUGCAUUGUGGAUACACAGCGCAGUGCUGGCUGACUCUCAAGCACCGAAGGGCAGGAGGUCCAACUCAAGAGAUGGUUCUUCUGGAUCUUCCAGAUCUUCCGGAUCUUUCCACCCGGGGAACCCCAGGCUGGACCGAUCUGGAGAAAGGAACAGCGGAUUGGCCCCGGAGCUGGACUUCAUGGCCGAGUUCGCCGGAAAGCACCGCCUGUGGGUGAUCACGGCCCCCUCCUACACGGACAACUACCUUCUCAUGAUGGAGAAGCAGAUCCAGGACAUGGAGCCGGAGGGUCUCAACUGCCGCCUGGCCGAGAGGGACACCCUCAUCGUCACCAUCAUCCAGAACGCCAUGAUGGAGGGCAAACUACGGCGGAGCAGCACGCAGGGGGACGUCACGGAGGAGAGCUUGGACUCGGACAUGGUGACCAAACUGCUCCACUACCUGCAGAUAGAGGACCAGACCUUCUCCAUGCUCAUCCUCAAGAAGAACCUCAAGGUGGGCGAGCGCUUCCCCUAUCCCGUCCGAGUGGCGGCCAUCCUAGAGGUGAUCGACCAGCUGCCGGUGCGGAAGCUGGAGAAGGUGGCCCGCAAGGCCUCCACUGAGAAAUGCAAGAUCAUCAAGAAGAGGCUGGUCACGAAGAAGCCGACCGCCGUCAGAAGGAGAGUCUUCAGUCCCCAGAGGCAAGGUCACGUCACGACGGCCAACGCCAACCAACGCAAGCCCGUCGACAAGAAGGUGGUCCUGCGGAGUAAAGUCCAGGACAUACUCAACGGGCACUCCAGGUACGUCAUCCGCAAAGCACCAGCCGUGCCAAAAGGAGCCAAUUCCCCACUGCCCUUCACCAGUGAUGCCAAAGACAACCAGAGAGGAACUGGGAAUAGGAACGGAAACCAAAAAGGGAGCCAGCGUGAAGCUGCCACAGAUGUGGAGGAAGCGAAAGAUGUGGAUAAAACUAGUGACCAAGCACGGGAGCAAAAGAACGAGGAGUCCAAGUCCAAAAAGAAAGGGAAAGGAAAGAAGGACAGGAAAAAGAAGAAGGGGAAGAGAGGGGGAAAGACAUCAGAAAAAGAUGCACAUCAGACAGAGGGAGGAGUCCUCAAAGAUUUCCUACAGAAAUUCCAGGGGAAAAGGAGGUUAAUGAUCAUUGCAGCCCCCAGUAAUGUGGAGGCCCAUUAUGAAAAACAGAAGGAGCUAAAUGAGCAGCAUCAGUGUGAGCUAGCCCUGAGGAAGGUCUCCAUGCUCUCCAUACUGGGAAACGCCAUACUGAACCUCCAACACUAUCAGUUGGAUUCUGAAACCCCUUUAGAGGCCCAGCCUGUUGCAGAUUCUGAUUUGAUUGCUCAGAUGCUGAAAGAGUAUGGAGUAACUACAAAAGAAUUCUCGAUGGUGGUCACAGACUAUGAUUUAAAAGCUAAGAGGUCUUUUAAGAAACCAGCAGCUGCAGUGGAGCUCAGCCAGCUCAUCGACGUCUUCCCCUCCAGACAGCCUGAGAAGGAGCAAGAGAAGAGGGCCCCAUCCACCUGCUCUGGCCCCAGCGCAGCCCAGGACUCCCUGCUCAGGUUCAUGUCUAAGCGAAGGCUCCUGAUCAUCUCUGCUCCAUAUGAGGAUGACUACUCAUAUCAGCAGCAGCUGCAGGCCAUGAGGGGACAGCAGUGUCCAAUGGGUAUCCGCCAUUUUGCCAUGCUGAAAUUAAUUGGGUCAGGACAAACAGCUUCUGGAACUGUGGAGUUGUUUCCACUGAAUGGCAAAAGCCAGACUGAGAAAGAGCCGCUGUCUCAAGACGUGGUGAACGGCCUGCGGGACCAGCUGAAGAUCAACAAGGACUACUUCAGCAUGGUGGUGGUGGGCAAGGACAGCGACGUGAAGGCCUGGUUCCCCUCUCCCAUGUGGUCGCUGGCCAACAUCUACGACCUGGUGGACUCCAUGGAGCUCCGGCAGCAGGAGGAGAAGCUCCAGAGGACCCUGGGCAUCCACUGUCCGGAGAGCGGCGGGGCCGCGGACCACGGCUACGACAUGGGGGGCGCCGACAGCUACCUCUACCACCGGCCGGAGGAGUAGAGGGCAGAGGACUAGAUUGACAACGCUGGAGAGACAUCCAGACUGAAGAGCAGCUGUAGAACUCCACAGGACUCCCAGGUAUAGCAGCUGACUUCAGAACAGAUCUGGGGUUUGGGCCUGAACUGGACCACGAGGAGCCUCUGGAGGUCCAGAUCUGAUCUGCAGUCAGCUGUCAACUGGUUCCUGGGGAGGACAUUAGACGAGGAUGAAUGGAAUACAAUAAUACAAGCUAAAUCAAAAUUAAAUAAAUUAGCUGUUAUCAGCUUCUCUAUUAAAGUUUUUUCAUGACUCACUGGUCACUUUUAUUUCUUCUCUGCUUAUGUUCUUCCUGUACUGUGAGAUCUGUAUUAUGUGAUAACCUACUUAAUAAACCACAUGAAACUAAACGGAAA